UUCCUUUUUGUGUGAGCGUAGGGGUCUCCACAUGUUAAGGAAUGUUCGCAUUUGAGCUGAUGGAAGAUGAAGCGCGUCACCUUAGACCCACCAAGAGGUUGCUUGGAAAGAGGGAUUUGAUGAGCCUGGUGCUGAACAUUUUGACCACAAGAUUUAUGGCUCGAAAAAGUGGAUCGGAACCACUGAAUGUGCUGCCCUUUUACGCUCCUUUGGGGUCCGGGCAAUGGUGGUUGAUUUUGGUCCUAAAGAGUUGGAGUCGCUUUAUCUUAGUGUUCCAGGUUCAAGUGUUGGGGACGAGGUGAACGUUGCUAUGUGUACGGGAGGAAAGAGGAGAGGGGUUGAAGUUUAUGGACCAAUGGAUAGGUAUGUUCUGAGAAAGAAUCAUAGUGUUCAUCAAGGAGAUUCCAGUGUGCAGGAAAGGGCUAGUUCUUCUGGUGUGCAGCUUGGUGGCUCUUUGGGUAGUGAAAAGAAUAUCACAAGAAAAAAUAGGGGUCAGCAGGUUCUUGUUGACUGGGUCUGGAAUUACUUUUCUAAUGAAAACACCACUAAACCCGGCAAUCGUUGUGUCAUUGUCAGUGAGAAAGCGCCCUUGUACUUCCAACAUGACGGGCAUUCAAGAACUAUUGUUGGAAUUCAAAUCAAAUAUCAACGAAACGGGGUUCAGCAACAUAAUCUCUUGAUCUUGGACCCUGGUCAU